AUGGAACCUCCAGGGUGUGAGCAGAGGAUAACAAAGGUCUCCCUAGCUGACCUUCUGAGGUGUUUUGAACAUCCUGUAAGCGAGGAGCAAGCCUGGGCUAUCUGCUUUCAGUGUUGCAGAAAAAUAGAGCAGGUGGCUCAGGGGCUGUGCACACCUCUCCGUUCUGUGUUCAUAAAAGGUUCUGGGAGCAUCUUUAUCCAUGCUGAUGGUACUGCUUCCUUCAAGGUCUACCACAAGUCUGAUGUUGGCAGCAUUCAGCAAUCAGAGGACAAGCUGUUGGAGUACUUGGGAGUGGUGAUCUAUGAAGCCCUGGACUGGGGAAUCGACAGCCAAGUGGAGCGAGAACUGAGUGAGCCUUUGGAGAAACUGCUGUGCCUCAUGUUGAAACUGAAUGACAAGGCAACAGAACCACCAGUCACCCUGCAGGAUGUUAUCAAGGCCUGUGAGGAGCACUUGUCCAGGCCUUCUGAGGCUACCAGCCAUUAUGAAAUGACCUGUAGGAGUCUGUUUACUGAAUAUAUAGAACUUCAAAAGCUUGUGACCAUCAUCCAGACCUCCAAAGAGAGACUGAGAAAAAUGGAUGUGGAAGAUUGGUUGGAAAAUCCCAUUCAAAAGAAGAAAACCCGUGGUGCAUCCCUGUGGCCCAAUGUCAUCUGUGAGCUGCAGACUGGUGUGAGGCUGCGCAAGGCUGCCGAGCGACCACAGCGUUGUCUGUCUCCAAAAGAACAUAUUCGCUCUCCCUAUGAGAUGCUUUUGGAUGACAUUCAGCAGAAGAGGUACACCCUGCGCAAGGUGACUGUCGAACAAAAGCGCAGGGCCUCCAUAGUUGAUGUAGCUGCUCUCAAGCCUCAUCUAAAGCCGAUGUUGAAGGUGAAGCUGAAACAGCGUGUGCCACUGGAGCCCAGGUGGCAUGAACAGCUCAUGGCAGAAAUAAAGCAACCACCAAAGCUUCGGGCAGCAGCACAGGAAAAGAGGAGCAGGCCCAAAGAAAUGCUUGAGGCAUCAAAUACUGCCUUGAACUCUCCAAACAACAAUAUCUUGCAUCUCCAAGAUGCCAGUACUGAGUUUAAAAUUACCAACACUAAAACACAGCAGCUGGGAGCAGGAGCUCAGGAAACCAUUCCAAAGCUGCCUGCCAGCACCUGCCUUCCUUCUACCAAGCUAUCAGGAGUAUCCUGCAUCAGCACAGGUCAGUGCACUUCUGGCUGCACAUCUAAACCAGGUCUCACUGCAAAUUGCAUGUCUCCUCCCAUGAGUGCACCCACACCAGGAGACAUUAAGCCUAAGUGUUUCCUGAGCACUGGCCAACAGCAGGUGCCUCCUUACAGAGGAAGGUCCAGAUCUUUAGAGAGAGGCCUUCAAAGCAAGCAACUUGUAAGUCCAACAUGUCAGCAAGCAGCCCUGGUCUGA